UCCACUCGAAUCCUAAAACGCCGCCGAGACCACGCAGGCAGAGCUGCAGCCUGCUGACCGAGGCCAAAUCGAACGAGCCCGGACCCGCACGUGCGCCCUCCCCUCCGCCUCUCGUCCCCCUCGCCAUCUCAUCUCGUCUCGUCUCACCGGAGAUUGCUGCUGCUGCUACGAGCGAGCGGCAGGCCGGCCGGGCGACGCAUGUGAGCAUGGGGCGCGCUCCUCGUGCCGUCGGCGGCCCUUCCCUUUUCCCGGAUUGCUCCGCCCCAGAUUGGAUCUGUUGUUCUCACCGCGCGUCCGAAUUCCGGUAGAUUUCCGUGCCGGAGGGGGCAUAUAAGACCGACCGAGAAGGAAAGAUUCAGCUCAGGGCGAUUGGCGUCCGUCCGUGAAAGCCCACCGAUCGUCUUCUCCGUCGACGGCGAUGAAGUACGUCUCCGGGCCCUACUUCGAGCCGGACUUCGAUCCGGUCCUCGACCGCCUCGGCACCCCAGGGGUCGUCGUCGACAAUGAGACGCGCGAGGACUGCUCGCUCGUCAAGGUGGACAGCGUGAACCGGGACGGCGUGCUGCUGGAGAUGGUGCAGCUGCUCACCGAUCUCGACCUCGUCAUCUACAAGUCCUACAUCUCCUCCGACGGCGGCUGGCUCAUGGACGUGUUCCACGUGACGGACCAGAUCGGGCGCAAGCUGACGGACCCGUCGCUCCCGGGCUUCAUCCAGCGGGCGCUCCUGCCGUUCCAGCGCUCUGGCUCGCCCAAGUUCACCACCUGCCUCGGCAACGUCGUCGGCCCCGGCGGCCCCGACGUGUCGGACUGCGCCUCGCUCGAGUUCACCGUGCACGACCGCCCCGGCCUGCUCUCCUCCAUCACCCAGGUGCUCGUCGACCAGGGCUGCCACGUCGCGUCCGGCCAGGCCUGGACGCACAACGGCCGCGCCGCCGGGGUGCUCUACGUCACCACCACCGGCGCCGACACCGCCGCCGCGCCGCUGCACCCGAGCCGCUGGGCGCGCAUCGAGCGGCUCGUCAACGCCGUGGUGGACGCGCGCGAGAACCUGUCGGGCGAGCGGCGCUGGGUGUGCAUGUCGGCGCCCGUGCGGGGCCGCGUCCACACGGAGCGCCGGAUGCACCAGCUCAUGCACGACGACCGCGACUAUGAGUCGGGCCCCGCCCCGACGCCCGUCGACGAGGAGCACUUCUGCAUGGGCGACCGGGCGGCCACCGCGGCCCGGUCCGCGCACCGCACCCAGACGCGCGUCACCAUCGACAACUGGGAGGAGCGGGGCUACGCCAUCGUCAAGAUGACGAGCAGGGACCGCCCCAAGCUGCUCUUCGACACCGUCUGCGCGCUCACCGACAUGCACUACGUCGUCUUCCAUGCCACCGUCGGGGCACAGGGCCCUCUCGCCAUCCAGGAGUACUACAUCCGGCACAAGGACGGGCGCACGGUGGACAGCGACGCCGAGCGGCAGAAGGUCUCCCGGUGCCUCGUCGCCGCGGUGGAGCGGAGGGCGUCUCAUGGCGUGAGGGUGGAGGUGCGCGCGCCGGACCGGUCGGGGCUGCUGUCGGACUUCACCAGGAUGCUGCGGGAGCACGGGCUGUCGCUGCUGAGGGUGGAGAUCAAGCGGCAGAAGGAGGAGGCCAUCGGGACCUUCUUCCUCGUCACCGACACCGGCGGCGAGGUGCGGCCCGAGGCGCUGUGCGCGGUGCGGACGAGGGUCGCCGAGAUGGGCAUCUCGCUCGACGUCGCCAAAGGAGCGCCUGGCUGGCCGCCGGUGAAGAAGACGAGAGCGCCGGCUGCGUCGCUCGCCGAUCAGGAGAGGCCCAGGUCCUCCCUGGGGAGCCUCCUGUGGUCGCACCUUGGGAAGCUCUCGAAUAACUUUGGCCUCAUCAGGUCUUGAUUAGGAUAACUGUUAGCCAGGCCAGUUCAUUCACCAUUUGCAUUGCUGUGCUUUGUUGGAUUGGAUGUGAGGUGUCUCAGAAGGCAGUACAAUUUUGUAUAUAUACAAAGUGUAGUAUGUUGUCAUUGUCAUUGCAAAUACAGU